AUUUGACAACCUUUAAAAGCAAGAAAAGGACACGUGAAAGAAAAACACCAUAUUUUGCGUGCUUGUCUUCUUCACUCUUUAUUAUUAGGCUGAAUGCGUUCAACUUUAACAUCGCCUAUCACUUUCCCUUCCGAGCUUUGCUUUCGUUCCUAUCGAAAUCUAAAGCGAGGUUUCUUAGAAUUGUAAUUGGACUCUGAUUGAUGAAUUCACAGUUUGUGGUUGACUUGAAUAGCAAGAUGAAUAAUCCAUAUACUGCAAACCCUGGUGAAGCAAAAACUGUCAUGGGAUUUGAAGUGUUGAAGACAUCUGAUUCCGGUUACAAUAACAUAUACACUUUGAAUGAAGACGAGCCACAUGAGCCACCCGAGGCUCCCCCACAAUUGCAACACACCCUGGUCGGCUAUCCUGCUAAUGUCGAUAGUUCUAGUUCUCUUCCAUUGCCUCAGCACGCGAUUUUGAAUCAUCUUUAUAUAGAGAAUAGAGAGCCACAAAGAUCUGUCGUAGCUUUGGGAUUCACUCAUCGCUUUCGUGCUAAAUAUGUUACCGUUGUGCUCUACAAACCAGUUCAAAGAAGGGGAACCACGAACAUUUGAUGUGCAGACUAAAAACUUUUUCGACAAACCAGUUCAAUGAAGGGGAACCAAAAACAUUUGAUGUGCAUAUUAUGUGAACUUUAUAUCUAUUGGUUUGUAAUGAUUUAUUGUGUAGACUUGAUAUUUAAAUUAGCAGGAAAUGAUAUUUAUUGGACUCCAAAAUUUUAUUUUA